AUGCCGUAUGCUCCUGCAAUUUCUGUUGUAGAGCCUAAGCUACUUUUGCCACCACCAUCGUCCCCGUCUGUUUCAUGUCCUAUUACGGGAUCAAAUUCUUCUGCGAACACCCUAGGAAGUAUCCCCAACACAAUUUUUGCUGAUAUCCCACUAGGAUACCACCUGCCAGUGAAUCCUCUCCAGCUCACAUCACCGUCCGCUAUGUCAACUCCAGUGGAUGCCAUGUCUGGUUCAAAAAGCUCCCCAGUUUCGAGCUCUGAACUAGCCAGCAGCUCAGGUAACCCACCUUCACCAUCUGUGCCAUGUCUUAUAUCAGAGUCUUUUGCGAACGCCUUAGCGAGGACCUUUAACACAGCUUUUGCUGGUGCUUCACUAGAAAACCACCUCCCGCCGAAACCUCUCCAGGUCACGUCACUGACCGCCACAUCAACUCCAGUGAAUGCCAGGUCUCGUUCAGAAAGCCACUCUGGUUCGAGCUCUGAAUCACCCAGCACCCCGGGCAAUAUGGAUGUUGAUCAUGACCCCAAUGCGCUCGAUUUCUCGCAAAGUGUCUUUGAUGGGCAGGAUCUUCUUCAACACCGUGGUAGCUAUCUGGAUGACAAUGAUUCAGACAGCCAUCCAGAUUCGAGCUCUGAUUCGGCCAGUAGCCCAGGUAACAUGGAUGUCGAUCGUGACGAACCUGACAACGUGCCUCACGAGUCCCAUUUGGUGCAAAGUGUCUUUGAUAGGCCGGAAGUUCUUCAGUUGAAGACCGUACUUGACGUCAACCAAGCCCCGAAAAAAUCUUCACAUUCCAAAAAACCUCGCACUUCUACAAAGCAACCUUCAGCUCAAGCCAUGAAACAGCCCCGCAAUAGCAAAUCAGAGGAUUCAGAGGAUUCGGACGAUUUGGACGAUUUGGACGAUUUGGACGAUUUGGACAACACCCAGACUGAUGGACUGUCUUCGCAAGCUGGACACGUACAAGCUUUGAGUAAUAAGUGUCAUCGCUCACCUUCUCCUGUUGUCUUCCCCGGGCUUGGAUCAAAGGAAAACCCAAUCGAUUUGGACAAGGUAUCCUCCUUAUUUGAGCCAAUGGUGAAACGGGAACAGAUUUCUCUUCCCCUGGAAGUUGAUCCUCCAAAGGACAGAAGCAUAAAUUAUACGAUUUAUGACGUGGCAGGGCAACCUGUGUCAUUCAAGCCUAAGUUUCAUUUCCCAGUUUACCACAACCGGUUCCAUCAAUUCUUUGACCGUAUCGAGAUGUUUUAUGAGGAUGGAAAACCACUCCAUAUUGCACGUCCAGAUGAUUCCAUCAUCAAAACUUUCUCUUAUGACAAGUGGAAGACACUAACGCCUGUCCAAGUUCAACAAGAAUUGAGGAAGAAGAAUGUUGUUGUCACCGGAUGGCCUCUCAAGGACGACUUAUCUUUCGAUGAGGCUGGUUUGCGAAAAGUUGCUGGAACACCAUCACGGCAAAUCUCUAUCAAUGAUUAUUCUAUCAGGCCUUCUGGCAAUAUGUGCCGUCCAACAGUCGUAAGUGGUCGUGUACGGGAUUUGUGGGACAAUCGACAUCCAUCUGGGAAAAUUCUGAAUGCUUUGGACCUUCCGUUAUAUGAUGGCAACACGGAGCCCAAUGAGUAUGCAAGUGACCUCCAUGCAUGGGAUGUGACUCGCGGCCACCAUUGUAUUGACCCAGCCUCUCCAUACCCAACAGAGCACAUGCGUUGGGCUCUCGUUGGUCAUGAGAACGCCAUAACAUUCCUUCACAUUGAUUGUGAAGGUUUAUCCACUGAUCUUUUAGUGGUCGCUGGUGGAAAAGCAUGGGCGUUUCUUCGUGAACGUCAGGGCAAUCCUCUGUCACACUAG